AUGCCGAUCUCUAGAAUCGCCAUAGUUUCUCUCGCCGAGGCUGGCCGGGCUGGCGCACUCAAAGCGGCUAUCUCCGAGUUCAUUUUGGCGAUCAUUUUUGUUUUCGCAGGGGAAGGAUCGGGCAUGGCUUUCAACAAGCUCACAGACAAUGGCUCAUCGACACCAGCAGGGCUUAUAUCUGCAGCGCUGGCUCAUGUCUUCGGAUUGGUUGCAGUCGUAUCAGCAGGAUUUCAUAUUUCUGGCGGACAUGUCAAUCCUGCUGUCACGUUCGGCACCUUUGUUGGUGGGCACAUCACAUUGUUCAGAAGCAUUCUGCACUGGAUCGCUCAGUGCCUCGGUUCUGUCGUCGCUUGCUUGCUUCACCAGUUCUCAACUGGCGGACUAGAAACUCCUGCAUUCUCCCUGUCGUCUGGUGUGAGCGCAUGGAAUGCGUUGGUUUUCGAGAUUGUGAUGACUUUCGGGCUGCUUUAUACAGUGUAUGCUACUGCCUUGGACCCGAAGAAGGGUGACAUAGGAAUCCUCGCACCAAUGACAAUUGCUUGCAUUGCGGGUGCCAACAUUUUGGCCGGUGGUGCAUUUGAAGGUGCAUCCAUGAACCCAGCAAUAUCCUUCGGUCCUGCAGUAGCGAGCAGGUCGUGGGACAGCCACUGGGUCUAUUGGCUCGGCCCGUUCCUCGGUGCCAGUAUUGCUGCCAUAGUCUACAAUAACUUGUUCAUCAAGCCAAGCACACAUGAGACACUGCCCUCCUCAGAGAUCUAAGCGUGAGUCUGUCCUUGAGUUCAAGCAAUAUGGAAUAACGCAAACUUAUCUACGUCGGGUUUCAUUCAGUUGGUCUUUUGCAUAGAUCUGACCUGUUUUG